GGUGGCGGGAGCCCUGGGUGGGGCGGAGGUGGUGGGAGCGCCUCCUAGCGGCCGCUGUGCCCACAAUCCCAGUGGGAACGGCACCGACUCUUGGUCUGCACUGCGGGGCCGAGGGGCGGGAUCGGGAUUAGGAUCGGCAUCGAGGCCUGGCCGUGCCUGAGCGUUGGUUUUGAGGAAAACGUGUGGCAGUGUGCAUGAGGAAUUCCUGCUUCUGCAGUACACAGCGGGCGGGUCCCCCUUUCCCAAGAUGGCGGUGUUGCUGGCAGCCUGCAUCAGCUCCUCCGGGUCACUCGACCUGCCCCAACACUGCCUCGCUUGCGCUCCCGUGGGAUCCGUGUGCGGGAAACAAACAUCUGAUGCCUGAAAUCCAAGGAAUUCCUGAUGAAGCCCAGGAGAAUAGUAAUAGUAACAUGGCUUCAUUGAGGUGGAUUUAUAAAAACAGCUCUGCGAAUUACAUGCACAUCAUAUGAAAUGCGUCCGGGGUUACAGGCUGAUAAGGCAGUAUUUCAGUGAGUCUUCCAAGGAAAUUGCAUAGACAAUUGAAGCGGUCCAGUCUCCAUCCCUCAUCUGUGAGCCCACUUACAAGUGGGAAUUUGGAUCACUUCUGUCAGUCUUCCUUGACUGCUUUGUUUUCCCAACUGUACUUUUCACUCCUUCCUCCAAAGCAGUCAUGCUCUUAUAGAACAUGUGCUGUUCUGUCAGGCUUUUUUGUGCAGUAUGACUGAGGUUUUUAAAAUGAGAAUACUCAAUGAAUGAUGCAGCUGCAUUUAGACACGCAUUCUAAGUGUAAGCCAUGUUAGUGUGGAAGCUGAAGAUGAGUGUUGCUGCAUGGAUCUGAAGUAAUUUUGCCUGGAGACCAGGCCUUUUGCCAUGGAAGCUGAGGAAACGAUGGAAUGUAUCCAGGAAUUCCCUGAACACUAUAAAGUUAUUUUGGAUAGACUGAAUGAACAACGUGAGCAGGACCAGUUUACAGAUAUUACUCUGAUUGUUGAUGGUCACCAUUUCAAAGCUCAUAAGGCAGUUCUUGCUGCCUGUAGCCAGUUUUUCCACAAAUUCUUCCAAGAUUUCACUCAGGAGCCUUUGGUGGAGAUUGAAGGUGUAAGUAACAUGGCAUUUCGUCACCUAAUUGAGUUCACCUAUACAGCAAAACUAAUGGUACAAGGUGAGGAAGAAGCAAAUGAUGUUUGGAAAGCAGCGGAGUAUUUACAGAUGCUAGAAGCAAUCAAAGCACUUGAAAUCAGGAACAAAGAAAAUUCAUCACCCUUAGAAUCAAAUGAAGCACAAGGUAAAAAUAAACCAAAAAAGAGGAAGAUUGCGGAAACCUCUAAUGUUAUCACAGAAACACUGCCAUCUGCAGAAUCAGAGCCUGUUGAAAUUGAGGUUGAGAUUGCUGAUGGAACAAUGAAAGUGGAAGAUGACAGCAUUGAAACCCUUGAAGAAGUAGCUUCUGCAGAGCAAUCCAUAAAGUACAUACAGACAACAGGUACAUCAGAUGAAUCUGCUUUGGCUCUUUUGGCAGAUAUCACCAGCAAGUAUCGUCAAGGAGAGAGAAAAUGCCAGAUCCAAGAAGAAGGUGAUAAUGCAGCUGACCCCUCUUGCAAACAGGUAGAAGGUAUUGAAAUUGUGGAACUUCAGCUGUCACACAUGAACAAUUUAUUCCACUGUGAGAAAUGUAACCGUUCAUUUAAAUUGUUUUACCAUUUUAAGGAACACAUGAAAACACACUCUACUGAGAAUUACAAGUGUGACAUAUGCAAUAAAAGAUACCUACGAGAGAGUGCUUUGAAACAGCACCUCACCUGUUACCACCUUGAUGAAGGUGGUGCCAGCAAGAAGCAAAGACCUGGCAAGAAAAUACAUGUAUGCCAGUACUGUGACAAGCAGUUUGACCACUUUGGGCAUUUUAAAGAGCACCUCCGGAAACACACAGGUGAAAAACCCUUUGAAUGUCCAAACUGCCACGAACGUUUUGCUAGGAAUAGCACGCUCAAAUGUCACCUGACAGCCUGUCAGUCUGGAGCUGGCGCUAAAAAGGGAAGAAAGAAGCUGUACGAAUGUCAGGUUUGUAACAGCGUGUUUAACAGCUGGGAUCAGUUCAAAGACCACUUGGUAAUACACACUGGUGACAAACCCAACCACUGUACCUUAUGUGAUUUGUGGUUUAUGCAAGGCAGUGAGCUGAGAAGGCAUCUCAAAGACAUGCACAAUAUUUCAGAACUAUUAGUGACAGAAGAGGUUCUUCCAGUGGAAGCUAUGGAAGCUGAACCAGUAACGUCAAUGACAAUAAUAGAACAAGUUGAGCAAGUGCAUGUCCUACCAGUAAUUCAGGUACAGGUGGAUCCUGCACAGGUAACUGUGGAACAGAUGCACCAGGAUCUCAUACAGGACAAUCAAGUGAAAGGCGCGCAGAUGGAGGAACUACAGGAGCAGGUGCAGAUUAGUUACUUGGAAGUUGAACACAUUCAGACUGAACAAGGUGCUGAAGUUCAUGUGGAGCAGUUACAUGUUGAGCAUGUAAAUCAAAUACAGAUGGAAGAAGUACAGGCAGAACUUAUAGAUGGAACAGACCUUGAACAAGUAGAAUAUCGAAGUGUUGAUCAAGGAGAAGCAGAAGAAAAGGAACAUAAUCAAACAGAUGAUGCAGAUAAGGAACAUCAUGAACAAGCUGAAGACUUAAAAACACAGCAGUUAGUGGACACACAGAAUACAAAAGUGGAUGACUAGGACAAUGAAAUGAAUGAAAUACCAAAUUAUUUUUGUUAACUUUUACAUUGGUUUUUGAACUGUCACUGGUCAUCUUUCCAAUAUGCUGUCCGUAGGAAGCUGGACAAGUGGACCAAAAUUAGCUUUCUUCAUGUACAAUUAGACUUCUCUCAUAUGUGAAAAAUACUUUCCCAUUCAGGUAGUGCCAUGGAAGAGAAACUACCACAGACACGGACAACUUUGUGAGGUUUUUAGCAAUGAAUAGCGUGUAUCAUUUUUACAUCAUUCCUGGGCAUAUGUAAGAAUAAUUUCACCUCUUUUCCUCUUGCAGUAGAAGCAAAGUCUUGGAUAUAUUUGCAGGAUGUCUGUGGUAGGAGAAUCAGUAAAAUCUGAGGGGUUCUGCUGUAAGUGGCAAUUACGUACCUGUGAAUUUUCAGAUCUCAACUUUCAGGCUGGGCUAAAAGCACUGUUGCUGGAGGUUUCUGAGCACAAAAAUCCUGUGCCUUUUCAACUCUGAGUGGGUUAAAUUUCCACAAAGUUUCUAGAGUUUUUGAGAACUUAGUUCUGUAAGAGGCAAUGUAGGUAAUGUUAUAGUGCUUUAUAUUUUUGCUUGAAAUUGUCAGUUACUGAUUUUCUUUUUGCAUUAAAGUAGAAGCAGGGGGCUGAGGGAGGGAAAAUAUUUCACUUGGAGGCAGCAGAACAUCCUAAAAGGGACACUUAAAAGUAGGCAAAGCUUGGUAGAGUCUGUGAUAAACAUGAAGAUUUGGAAGAAGGCCUACGAGCAGGCUCUUCUUUUAUAAAUAAUCAUUUUUGAAAAUGAAUAUGUUUAAACAUAAACAUAGAGACUUGUCUAUAUGGUAUCAGAUUCUUGUUUUUCUUGAAAUGAAAUUCUGACACUUGACAAAAACAUGUGCUAAACAUAAAAAUAAAAGCCAUAGGUAUGAGUGCUAAACUGUGGAUUGAAAAGUAGAAGUGUAAAUAGUUUCAUCGAUAUUAGACAAUAAAACAAUACCAACCAUUAAAUGUUGCAUUAUUUGUUCCAUCCAAUGUAUUAGGAACAACUGAGUGACUGACAACUUAGUGCCAAGUUCCAGUGUUAAGGAUCAAUCUCAUUUUUAAUAUGAUUAAUAGCUUUUUACUGUAAAGUUAGAUUUGUUUAGAAAGUGUUUGUCAAUGGUCAAGGAUGCUAAGAACGUCUUAAUUACUGCUGGAAGUUAGAGGUGCUCCAAACUCCUAAAGAAACUUUACUUUCAAAGCCUUAAAUGAAGGGAAGAAUUUUUGCAAGGACAUUCCCUACUGCUCUUGGUAAUACUAUAGGUCUUAGUUAAAAUCAGGCUUUUCUAUUCCAUCUUCAAAUGCAGAACUGUUUUCUGGGAUUUGUGCUUUUAUUUAGUUUAAUUCAAAAUUAUCUGUGUGUUUCAUCAUAGCCUUUGAGAAACUGUUGCAAAAGAAACAUGGAUCUCAAUUAAAAUUACACAGUUUGAUAAAUGUAACUUGCAUUCUUUUUUUAUUAUGUUUUGUGUUUUCUGAGAUGCAAGUAAUCUGUGAUGAGAUUCUGCACAGAGGAAAGGAUGCGGCCCAACGUUAAUCAUGAGAGUAAAUUUUAGCUAUUUUAUUUAUACCUGGCUUCUGAUAAGCAGCUUGUCUUUUGAUAACAUGAGGGGACAUGUUAUCAAGCAAGCCUGCUUGCUUGGCUGCCUAGCUCUAUAAAGUGCAUAUAGACAAAGUCUGUCUUGGUGGAAUUAAUCUGUGCAUCUGACCAACAAAACUAAUUUUUGUGUAGUUUUUAAGUCGAAUGUAAAUUGAACAUUUCCGUGGCAUUGGCAGCAAGGCCGUGGUUGGUAAGCACAGUUGGGCUAUUUCUUGGUUCUGUUUGCUCUCUCUUUUUACACAACAGUUCAUGUAUUUGUAGGAGAGGAGCGGUGCUCUGCGGUUGUGCCCAGCGGUGCCUAUCCCGAGUCCCAGUGAGGCUGGGCGAGGGCAUGGUGUCCCCUCCUCACCCUAAGAGACGUGGAGGAAGGCUCUCCUCAAGACAUAACUGCUACAGAGGGCUGUUCCCCCGCGUUCCCAGUUUCUUCCCAAGUGACGGAAGCCCACACUGGUGCCGGUGGAGUCCUUCGGGCCCCGUUCCCGCCGCAGUUGAUCCUGCAGGAAGAAGGAAGGUUGCUAGGCUGUGGGAGUUCCUGGGGCCGUGCCGCCGGGAGGCGGGGAAAUGGCGCGGCCGCCCGGCAGCAGCAAAUGGCGGCGCCGGGCAGGGCCGGCCCGGCGGGGCGAUGGCUGCGGUGAGAUCCCGGGAAGAGCCGGCCUAACAGGGCGAUGCCCGCGGCCGAAUCCCGGGAAGGGCCGGGCCGGCGGGACCCAGCGGAGCCGCGUGGAGGAGGCGGGAGCCGGCUCUGAGGGACCCGCCCUCCCCUCGUCGGGAGCUUAGCCAAGGGCCGGGGACUGCGGGCCGGCGGACGAGCCUCCUCUCCAGCCUCUGCCGACACGCCGCCGGAGGCGUUUGCUAAUUUCAGUAAUACCUCGUCGCUGCUGCUUUACCAUGUGUGUUGGUUUGCCUAGAGGAAGUACACCGGCGAAGUGGAAUCAUGGAGACGCUCCAAACUCAUCUGGACCCGGUGCUGUCUCACCUGCUCCAGGUGAUCUUGCCUUGGCAGGGGCUUGGGCCGGAUGAUCUCCAGAGACCCCUCCAACCCUAGCGAUUCUGCGAUUUUUCCCGAAGAGAUUACGGGUGCAGCAUCCCGCAUCUUUCUAAUGCUGAGCUGUCUUUCGGUGUGAGCCCCGCGUUCCAGUUGUUACUUACGUGCGGAUUCUUUGAGGCAUACCGGUGUUUUAUCUGACACCUUCUCACACUUGGGACUAAUUGGA